UUUCCCGGGCGGCGGGUGACGUGAGCGGGGCCCCGCUCCCCCAUUGGCGGCGCUGCCCGGCGGCGCGCGGAGCUCGGCGCGGGGAUGUCGGUGCUGCAGCCGUUGCGGCGCCUCCGGCAGGCGCCGCGGCACCUGCUGGUCUGCGAGAGGGGCCACGCGCGGGACGCGCGCUCGCGGCACGCGGCGCGGGUGCGGGACCACGCCUACAACUGCCGCGUGUCCUUUUUGAUCCCUGAAUGUGGCGUACUACCUGAAGUGCUGAAAAGUACUAUUGCAGAUGUUGGACAGUACUACCUGGUGAGAAAUUUAUCGGUUCAUGAAUUGGUCGCUCAUGAAUUCAUCGAUGCUUUUGUGAAGAAAGGUUCAUGCUAUGCACUUACCUAUAACACAAAAAUUGAUCAAGAUAAUACUGCAGCUCUGCUACCAAACGGAAAACUAAUUCUAUCAGUGGAUAAGGAUACUUACGAGGAACUUGGACUGCAAGGUCGCCCUUCUCAGUAUUCGGGCAAAAAAGUAAUGAGAUAUAUUGUAACUGUUGACUUGACUGAUUCUGGCUUUCACCCUGAUAGCAAGAAACAUAACAGAGUGCUUUGGGCCUUGAAAGAAAAGAAACCUUUAGAAUUUGACUUCCUACUGGCUUGGUAUAAUCCAGGUGCAGAGGGAUCAAUGUUGAUGUCAUACUUUUCAAAAAACCAAAUACAGGCCCUGAAGCCAAAAAUAACUUUCAGCACACUAAGGGACUUGGAGUGUCCUGUGUUGCAAAGUAACGAACUACAAGGAAAGACAGAUGAGUCCUGCAGUACAGAGGAGCUGUUUGAGUGGCUAGGUGCUGUCUUGAAUCAAGUUAGCUUAAACAACAAAUCGUCUAGCUUCUUAUCAACCUAUUGCUGUCCUCAGCCCAACACAAUGGUGGAAAAAGCUUUUUUGUGCACAAUCACAGGCUUUAUAAUUCCUGAGAAGAUAAUUCAGUUAUUGGAGCAGCUGUGUUGCUAUUUUGGUGAACCAAAACUGGCAUAUUGGCUGACCUUAACUGUGCAUGGCUUUGCAGACAGCCCUGUUUCCUGGAGAGAAAGUGAACAUGGUUUCCACAAGGGAGGAGAGAACUUGUACAACUUUGUCAUUUUCAGAAACCUGGACUACUGGCUUCAGAUGGCUGUAGGAACUAAUGAUGAUUGUCCUCCAUAAAGCUACGUCUACAGAAGAAGUUUUCUAAUAGUCCCAUGUUACUGUAUAGAAACCUAAUAAGAUAGUUUUUAUAAAAGUUAUUAGGUAACAAGUUAAGUACUAAGAGGCUGUAUAUGGUUUUCCAUUAUUUAUAGCCCUUAAAGGAUGACCUGCAAUCGAAGGAAUGGAUUUUUGUUUCUUCACUGUCAUACAGUGCCUUCUGAAAGACUUCACAAUUCUAGCUUUAAGAAAAAAGAUACGUUUUUGAGCGUUUUAAGUUCUCAGGAAUUGACUGUAGGUGGUUUUCCUUUUAUCCAGGAAUGAUUUUGGAAUUUGAAAGUUAGUUUUACAGAUUACUAGCUAAAACAUUUGGGAGGAAAGCACAUUUUGGGAUUUAGUGUUUUCUUUCUUUACGUUAAAGAUCUAUAAAACCUUCAAAUUCAUGUUUAAGACAUUUCAGCCUACAUGCUGGCAAAUAAAUAAAAAAAGGGGGAGAUGUGUUCUCCAUAAUUUGGUAGGGAGGAGGAGAGGAAAGCUGAGGAGAAGGAGGUAUGUGACAGUGGGAGGAGCACCCAUUAAACAUGGAAAAAGUGAAGACUUACUGACCUGCUUUUUGGAUUUUGCAGAUCACCGUUGGUUAUCAGAAAGAAGUUGAUUUUUAAGUGAUGCAAAAGGCUACUGCUUGCUUUCUUAAUUAACCUCCACACACUCACACCCCCACCCCCACCAAAUCUCUACUUUUAAAAGUAGCUUGUGAUUCUUGCUUACAGGACAACUCAUGGAGCUAAGAUUUCACUGUCAUGUUAUUGCAGACACAUUUCUGGGAAGGAUGCUAUGGACAUACCCUCAAACAAUGCAGUUGAAGUGAAACGGGUUCUGUUGACAAUAAGCAGUAAUGCUGAGAGCAUUAAAGCAGGCAGCUUUAAAGAAUCCAGGUUAACUCCUGUUGAAAUCCAUGAAAGGUUGGAUGGUGGGUUGGGGGGAGCGAAUGGGCGUUAUUUGGGUUUUGUUUUAUGGAGUGGGUAUGUGUCAUUAAAGUACCAAUGCAGUGCUGAA